CAUGAAAGCCUCUUGAUUCUCUCAACAGUGAGCCGAUUACGGAAGGAUGCUCAAGAGUACUACAUGGAGUUACUGAGGUUCUCUCGAGAGCACCUCAUGAUCUACCCAUAUCACCUUCAAGACAUGCUUGUGAAGGGCCUGAGAAUCACCCCAUUCCAAUUCUAUGUUGAUAUGGUCCAGGAACUCAUGGACAAGGAGAAGAACUAUGACUCCCUUCCCAACUUCACUGCCGCUGAUGUCCUACGCCUGUUGGGAAUAGGAAGGAAUGAGUACAUAGAAAUGAUGAAUGAGAGCAGAGGAGGGAAGAAGCUAUUCCGAAGGGGGAAGUCAAAUCGAGACCUCCUUCCCUCGAAGCCAAAAGAUGUUCAUAUUGCUCCCUGGUGGAUUCUGAAUGAAGGAUACAUCACUGAACAAGAUAUGAAGAUGGUGAAUGAGACUGAGAAGAGUGUGAUUGAUAAGCUCAUAGAUGAUGGACCCCAGAAAGCAGGAUCACUGGAUUACUCAAGUGUCCAUUCCCUAUACCAGAAGGGGUUGGUAUACGUGGAUGUCCCAAUUGACAGUGGAGAUUGUGUUGAAAUUCCACCAUUGGAAGGUUUUGUCAUGAAUCGCCUGAUGGGAGAUUAUUUUGAAACACUGCUUUAUAAGGUUCUUGUCUCCAUUCACCACGACAGCUCUGUCAAAGAGGUGGGUGAGAUCCUGAAGGUCCCAGAAUCCCUCUUGAAGCGAGUGUUAUCUUUUGCUGUGCGAAUGGGCCUGGGUGUGAGGAAAGGCUUUCAGCCUGAAUCCUUUGUCACCCAUACAUCUUGGAGACAUCUUUACAAACCACCACUUUCCUCAUUUAAUAGAGGUGGUGAACUGCCUGGGGAUGCAGCUGAAACACAGCUGAUCCAGGAGAUAGAGAAUGCAUUAGAAGAGGAGGGAGAGAGUAUAUCCAAAAGGAUAGGUCUUCUCUAUGACUCUACCCUCACAGCUUAUCUCAUGAUGGGAAAUCUUUCAGUUGGCUUAAAGAAUCAUGCGGUGACGAUGUUCGAGGUCGGGAAGUUGUCGGAUGAGUCUCUGGGGAGUCUCUUAGAGGAGCUUGAGAAGGUUGAGGACUUGGAGUUGGAGGGUGAGGCCAAGCGAUACAUGGAACAUGCAGUGAACCUCCGAAGCACAGUGCUUGCCCUGCGCAGUCGAGGCCAUGUCCUGGAUCUCCUGCGAUGUGAGAGCCUCCUCAACUUGGAUCGGGGAGCAGUAUCCCGCCUCCUUCGCAAGUAUUAUGCAGUGCUGAUCACACUGUGCCCAAUGAGCCCAGAGGCAGUGGGAUUGACCAGCGUGGACCCGCCCCUUCUUGGCCCACCUGCUAUCGAGGCCAACACCCCAUGGUGGAAGGUGUUCCUUUACGCAUCUACUGAACUCGGUCCACCAUCCAUGCUCCUUGCCAGAGGCACAAGAUUGAGAAGACUUCCACCUGUGUUCAUGGAGCAUUUUUAUCUCUUCCUAACAUCCUGGAAUCAUGAGUCAAUCCUCAUCCCCACAGCACAGGCUUUGUUUCUCAUCAAUGAUGCACUCACCCAUGCUCCUAUAUUUGUUCAGGGAGCAGGCAAUGAACCAGAGCCCGACUUCCACUAUAUCCCCAUCCCAUUUGAUGAAGAAAAAGGUGAGGCAGCCUACUUUGACAAGAUAGUCUUGGUUCUGAUGCAUUUCAUGAGACUGCAUCAUCUGAAACUUAAAAGUGAAAAGAAUGGUGAUGAGAUUAAGGAGUUGGGGAAGGUUAGAGAAAAGUUGAAGGAGGUCCUUGACACAAGUUGCUGCCCAGGAAUCAUUUCCUUCUUGCAUGGCUCCUUCUUUGAUGUCUCCUUUGGAGUCCCCCUCUUUGACUCCAAUGCCAACAAACGUGUCUGUCACAAGAUCCUCUCACAGGCCCUCCUUUCGUCUCACAGUUUGGAGAAGUGGACUGAAGUUUCUGGUCUUGUGGUGGAGAAAUUCCAUGCCUUCAUACAGUCUCAUCAGGUCGAGGGAUGUCCAGAUGGAGUCAUACAUCCCACCCGGAAUUCCCUUUUUGCUAAUGGUGUUCUGUCAUACCUGUGAUGUCACCCUUCGAAUGGGUCCUUGCAUUCCAAACCAGUGAGAAUGGAGGUGAGAGUGAAAAAAUCAAUUGUGAAUUCCUGGUCGAUUUUUGUGUAAGCACAUCAUAUGAAGCUUCAAAAGAAGAAAAAUUAGAG